GUCUAGUGCAUGUUUUCAUAGGGGGAAUUUGAUAAUAAGUGAACGGCCCCUCACUCCACACGCGUAGUCAGGUGCUGCUGCAGCCGUCCUACGCCCACCUACAGAAGGACCGAGGGAGCUCCACUUUCAUCCGAGAUGGCAACAGCAGACCAGCGCUUUGGACAGAGAGAUGGAUCUGAUCAAAACUUUGACUACAUGUUCAAACUCUUGAUCAUUGGCAACAGCAGUGUGGGAAAGACUAGCUUCUUAUUCAGAUAUGCAGAUGACUCCUUCAGCAACUCCUUUGUCAGUACUGUCGGCAUCGACUUUAAGGUGAAGACAGUUUAUAGGAAUGAUAAGAGAGUGAAACUCCAGAUAUGGGAUACAGCUGGACAGGAGCGGUACAGAACUAUUACUACAGCUUACUAUAGAGGAGCCAUGGGCUUCAUCCUCAUGUAUGACAUCACAAAUGAAGAGUCUUUUAAUGCAGUCCAGGACUGGGCAACACAGAUUAAGACCUAUUCUUGGGAUAAUGCUCAGGUGAUAUUAGUGGGAAACAAAUGUGAUAUGGAUGAGGAGAGAGUGGUUCCAUUUGAGAAGGGCAAACACUUAGCUGACCAGUUAGGGUUUGAAUACUACGAAGCAAGUUCCAAGGAGAACAUUAACGUUAGACAAGUGUUUGAGCACUUAGUUGACAUUAUCUGCGUAAAGAUGUCGGAAAGAGUCGAUACUGAUCCAUCCAUGGUCACUGGUGCCAAAACCACCCGGCUAACCGAUAAACCACCACAGCUACCUCAGAAUUGUUGCUGAUUUAAAGCUGUCCUCAUCAGCAGUGGAUCCAAUGUUAUUUGGUUUGAAGUGCUGUUAUGUGGAAAUCAGAACUGACCUUUUAGUUUGUAGCUGUCAAGUAGUUUAGUAAUAAUAGCACACUUGUAAUCUACAGUCCAUAGGAAACUCAAAGCAGGGACUAUAGAGCAAAGCACAAACCUAAGUGGUUCUCAGAACUUCAGUGUUCACUGCCGAAACUAGAUUUAAAACACAAUCUAUCGUGGCACAAACUUGCAAAUCUUAUGGAUUAUAUAUCAAGUGUAGUAUUUAUCAGUAGUUUAAUGGUGGCCACAUGGUGAUAAUUCAUUUAUACAGUACAUAGCUCAAACACAGGCCCAAAAUUAUGCAGAAAGAGUUUUAUUUUCAGGGUUGUUUAAAUGCACUGGUUAUUUAUUUGAUUAGAAGAAAAUACACAUUGUCUGUUGGACUCUGUCUUUUGAAUUGUUGGUACAGUAUGCUUUUAAAGAAGAUGAGCACUAAACAAUCAUCACAUAAUGUCAUGAUUAGAUAUCCAACAAAAUAAAAUAAAAUCACAUCUUACGCAAAAUAAAACAGUAAAUUAUUCCUGUUAUAGCUAGCAUACGUAUCAGAAACCACAUGUAACUGUUAAGUGUAAUAAUUGACUGAACACUCAAUCAACACAUCCCAUAGUCAGGUGAUGUUCAGUUUAAUGAAAAUAUAUUUAUUCUUCACUUAAAUCCUUGAGCUCAUCAUGCCAGGAUGUCUUUAUUUUUCAAAAAAAUAGUAGCAAAUCCCUGUGGAUUGGUGUAUGUAUAACCUACUUUGGAAGUGCUGUUAUGUAUGACUGUUUUAUGUACAGUAAAAUUUGUAUGUACAGCUGCAUUUUUUUCUCUGAGUAGAUAUUUAUUUGUAUGCUGCUGGCUCAUACUGGGAAUAUAUAGAUGUAUCUUUGCUGUCAGUGUAUAUUGAUUUGCAGAUGAUUUGCACUGGGGAGUAAAGUGAAUGGAUUGUUGUGAAUGUUAUUUUAGAUGCAAUUUGUAACAAUAAAAGCACAAAUCGUGUGUA